CGGCGCCAGCACCGAGCAUCUCUCGAACUGGUCAACAGACCGGAGAGAACAACAAUCACAAUAGCAGCCGAUGAACAACGGCACACCCAAUUCUUGCUCUUCCGCACACUCCCGCCAACAUGACGCUCACAAUCCUAACCGACGACGAGAUCCGGUCCCUGCUCGAGAACCUGACGCUCGACGAGCUCGAAGGUUUCGGUGAGGCCCUCGCGUCGACCCUGUACGAGUACUCGACCGGCGCCCAAGGCGAGGGCGAGGGCGAGGGCGAGGGCGAGGCGUCAGACACCCGCCAGCCCGAGCGCAUCUCGGUCCGCCGCGCCGACACGGGGGCGACCACCCUGUUCAUGCCGUCGUGCAACUCGGCCGGCAACGCUGUCAAGGUUAUCACUCUCACUUCAGCGUCAUCAGCAGCAGCAGCAAAACCCGAAGAAGCUGCUGCCACUACCACCGGCACAGCGCAGCCGAAACCGGCCGUGAUCCGCCCCACAGGCGCCAUUGCCCUCUUCGACCGGGCUGGCGCCCCCCUGGGCCUGCUGCAUGCCAGCGUGCUGACCGGCUUCCGCACGGCUCUGGCCUCGCUCGCCCUGGUCCGUCGCCGCUCCGCGCCCCUCCGCACCAUCGUCGUCUUUGGCCGCGGUGGGCAGGCCUACUGGCACGCGCGUCUGGCCCUACUUGCCCGCGGUCCUGACGUCCGCCGUGUGGUCUUUGUGUGCCGCUCUGGGCCAGGUGUCACGACUACCACUACUACUACCGAUAGCGGUGAUGUUAAUUCCGAGGAGGAGCAGGAAAGAAGUGAUGGGGUGCGGCCACGCAAAUCGGCCCUGCCGGCGGUGGCAAAGCAGCUAGCCGAGGGCGUGCCCGCAGAGGUUAGGGAGCGGGAGGGGUGGGCCGGGUGCGAGUUUGGCGUGCUGGGCGGGGAUGAGGAAGGGUACGCUACGCGGCUCACGGAGCUGCUGCGGGAGGCGGACGCGGUCUUCUGCUGCACGCCGUCCACCGAGCCGCUGUUUGACGCGGCGACGCUGGGCGGCGACAAGACGCGGCUGGUUGUCGCGAUCGGGAGCUACACGCCCCAGAUGAGGGAGCUUCCGCGCGAGCUGGUCAGGCAGGCUCUCACGCCCAAGGGGGAGAGGGAGGCCGGGGUCGUGGUGGUUGAUACCAUCGAAGGCGCGUUGAAGGAGGCUGGAGAGCUCAUCGACGUCGGAGUGAAGCCGGAGCAGUUGGUCGAGCUUGGAGAACUAUUGGUCCCCAAGGGACUCAGCGAAAGAGCCCGCGACACAAAGAGGGACAGUUUGGAGCAGUGGCUCCAGACCGGAAACGUCAUCUACAAGAGCGUCGGCCUGGGACUGAUGGAUCUGUCCAUCGGCAUGCACAUCAUAGAAUUUGCGAAGCAGAAGGGCAUCGGCACCCAUAUCCCGGGAUUCUAGCAACCCUGACCUUACUCGUCAAUGCCAAUUAGUGGGGUGACGUCCGCCAGCGACAGAUACACACGUUUGACCAGCGAGAAACGGGCUUAGAUCAAGCUAUCAAGCCGUGGAAGAAACGACUUAAGGGAG